AUGUGCCACUAUGAAACACACGCAAUUGAAACGGAAAGAGGUUUAAUAAACGUGUAUUUUGAAAGGCAGAGCAAAUUGUAUUGUUUGCUUCACACUGCAAACAACAUUUUACAGGCACAUGUAUAUUCCCCCGACGAUUUUAAAGACGCCGAAAUUAUUCUGCAUAAUGCCUCUGUGGGGUUGAGUACGUUAAGCGGUGACCAGGCAGAUGAUUCCGAGGGAGACCACGCUGAUCAGAAUAGCAAAAAUUGUUACGUCCCCGAUGGAGAUGGCAACCGUGGUAGUAGCCAGCUCACCCGCGUCAGAGAGAAGGAAUCGCUAAAAUACAAUAAUGUCUUCACAUACAUUAAAAGAGGCUUCCACUACUUUGGAAAUUUCAACAUCAACAUUUUGUACUUCUUCAUGAACAAGCACAACAUUGAUCUGCAGUGGAUUGACAACAAGCAGAUAUUGCGCAAAAUAAAUAACAUCAAAGACAAUACAUGUGCCACACUCUUCGAUAGUGACCAGCUAAAUGACAAAAAGUUAAUUGCAUUUGUGGUGAACAUCGUUCGGAUAAACCUUUUUGAUUUCUACCAACACCGUCAUUUUUACACGAUAAGGAAAAUUUCAGGAAUGUGGUUCCAGCUGGAUUCUACUCUGAGUAAACCCGUUAUGUUACCCACAAAUGAAGAUUUAAAUAAUCACUUAUUUAACACAGUAAAGGAUAACAAAUUUAACAAAUCUGAUAAUUACAUCAUACAAGUUUUUAAGAGGGAGAAUAAUCAUGACAAAUAA